AUGGCAAUGGCAGAUUCAAGGCCAUUCACGUCCGCGUUCGCGUUCCCCGCCGUCUCUGAUUCCGCAAGCCGUAAUACACAGAUGGAGCCAUCGCCGAUGCAUCCUCAGCUUCAGCCUCAGCCUCAGGCCCGACGGGCAACCGUGCCGCGGACGGCGCAGGAGUGGAAUGCGCGCCGCGGGAUCAUCACGCAUUUGUACCGCGAUUGCGAACUGCCGCUCAAGGAGGUCCAGCGGGUUAUGGAGACCGAGUAUCUCUUUAAGGCUACUAAGCGCAUGUACAACACACGCCUCAACCAGUGGAACAUCCGCAAGAACUACCGCGCCGCGGAGAAGGAACUGCUGGCGGCGCGCAUUACCCAGGCACACCUCCAGAACCGGCCUGUCGCGGAUAUCACUUUCAAGGGCCGCCCGGUCAAGCUGCACCGCGUGCUGCGACAUAUUAGGGAUCCCAAGCGUGGGAGUGGCAAGGCUGGUGCGCGGCAGAGCCGGAGCCAGAGGGUGCAGACUAGUACUACUACUCGCAGCAGCGACGACGACGAGAGUGCAGUCGAUUCUUCUGCUUCUUCCUCUGCGUCAGAUCACGCCCGAGACGACACCAUGGUGCGCGUGCAUUCGCGGACCCCCGACGCAUCGAGUGCCACGCCUGUGGAAUCGGGGAACACCACUUCCAGCGCCCUUACGCCUUCGUCGUCGGAAGCGGAAGUGGAAGAUGAUGGUGAUGGAGAGCCGUUUGAAAUGAUCGAGCGUGACGAGCUGCAACUCGAUUUGCCAGCCCUCAGACCACCCGUGUUCCCACCCAGGGACAGCCUCAACGUGGACCUCAUUCUGCAUCAAACACGAUCAUACUACCUUGAUGUCGUGGGUUCCGCCGUCGCAGGUCCAGCCGACAACAGCCACCACGUCGUGGACACCACCACGCUCUUCUGGUCCAACGUCAAGUCUGGGAUCUACUUUCUCAAGAAGCAAUCCCCGACCCUGGCGUGGCCGUUGCUGAACGACGCGUGCGUGUUGGUGGGGGACAUCUUCGCUCAGCAGCAGCCACCGGUCCUUUUCCUGAACAGCGUCUUCACGGUGCUCUCGCCGAUCAACACGCGGGUCUAUCCGCAGAUGCGGAGAACACUGCUGCGGUACCUGGCGCGCAUGGCGGCGAUCAAGCUGAAUUCCCGGCAGCAUCCCCUGGCGGUCAUCUGCCGCGAGAUGGCGCGGGAUAACGAGCUCGGCGAGGCCUCCGAGGCCGCCUCGAACCUCACGCUGGCCCUCUUCACGCAGACUUUGGGAAGCGACCACAAGGCCACCUUCGCCGUGCACCGCUCGCUGAUCAGCCUGCUGCGGCGCGCCAAGCGGCUCGACGCCGCCAAGCACCAGGCCGAAACUCUGGUCGAAGCCACCGAGCAGGCCCUGACGGCGCGCUCCGCCGGCAUGGACAUGGAUAUCUACCACCGCCGUCCCACGGCCGUGGUCAUGACGGACCUGUGUGCUGCCCUCACCGAGCUGGUCCACGUGCACAUGGACCUGGGCCGUCACGCGGUAGCGCGGGCGCUGUGCUCGUCCGUCAUCAAGAAUUACCAGACCAUCCAGGGCGUGCAUUUCCCGGACGAACGCGCCGCCUAUGCCAUGGAGGACAUGGCCGAGCUCAGCGUGUGUCUCGGCGACCGCGCCGACGCCGUCUACUGGCUCAGACAGGCGCUGGACGCGUCGUGCAUGCUCCGCGGCGAGAAGGAUGCGGCCACGGUGCACAUUAGGGAUAAAUUGAGAGAUUUGAUGAAAGACAACGAUGAGGGAUCGGGGAUGAGUUGA